UUAUAUACGGACAAAUUACUGUGUUAUUAUUGUUGUUGCAUUAAUCUUUAAAUUUUACUUUAUUAUAUUGAUAUUACGGCCAUGUUUGCUUGCUUUUUUUUCUCUUUUAAAUUUUAUGCUACGACAUGCUUUGCUCUUAUGAAUGUGUUUUGAAGCGAGUGAAUCUUGAAAGCGUCAUGAGUUUAAUUAAUUUGUGAGAAAUGUAUAGUUUUUUUUUUUUUCAAUGAGAGUAAUUUUAAGGAAUGGAUAUUGAUGAGGUUGAUGUAGGUUUAUUAUGUAAUCCUGUUUGUGAUUCAAUUUGCUCAUCAAAGUAAGAUUUCCAUCUUUUGUUUAACAUAAUGGCCUUUGUUUUUAUUAACGAAAGUCAAUUCAUUAAUCGUUUAGGUUAGGUUUUUGUUUCCGCCGAUCUGUUGUUCUUGUGAUUGCUGAUAUUUUAUAAAUUUGCUGUUUCAUGAUUGUGCUGCAUUUAGUACUUAUUUUACAAUGUUAUUUGAUCAAUAUCUUCAAUGUUUUGGUUGAAGUUUUUGAGCCCUUUUGAUUAGCAGUAGUUACUCAUGUUUUAAGCUCUAGUUGCAGUUUCAGAUUUUGUUUGGCAUUUUUUAUCUUUUUCAAUUUUGGUCACAGGAUGGGGGCAGGGAGGAAAACACAAACUUUCAUUAUGACUGGAAAUUCACCUUCUACAAAUCCAACCUAUACCCGUUCAUCUGCUAGAAAUCUGGCUUACCAGCUCAACACUUUACCUAUGUAAAGAACAUUGAUACUGGCCUACCACUUUUUCUAUUCAACUACAGUGAUAGAAAACUUUAUGGCAUCUAUGAAGCUGCCAGCCCGGGCAAAAUGAACAUUGACCCGUAUGGGUGGACCACUGAUGGUUCUGAGAGAACCUUGUAUCCUUCACAGGUUCAGAUUCGUGUCAAAUUGCUAUGCCAACCUCUGCUUGAAGAACAGUUUAAACCAGUAAUUGAAGACAAUUACUACACUAAUCAUCAUUUCUGGUUUGAGCUUGACCAUUCUCAGGCAAGCAAGCUGAUAUCACUUGCAUCUUUAGCAGUUUCAACAAGCACUUGCCUACCUUGUCUUCCUUUCAAUACGGCAAAGCGAGGAAACAUUUUCCAACCUUUUUCGUCAACUGACACGGAAGAGGAAGGCAAGGGGUUCAAGCUGCUUGCUACAGAGACUGACCUUACUAAGUACUUAGGCUGGGUUUCAGAUUCUGAAGAUUCUGCUUCUGUUGGUGAAAUGAAAGGGGCGUGUAAAUUGCUUCAGCCAUGUCCUUUGGAGGUUGAUCAGUCUAAAUACUCGAGUAGGAAAAUGGAUUCUAGAGAUGAUGUUCCACUAAAUGGAGACAACCAGCUAUUGGAAGGUCAUUUAGAUGUGAAGAUGGUGGAACAAGAUGAGAAAGAUAUUAUACUCAUGAAACUGAAAGAAUUGGCUUUUAACCGUGGACGUCAAGAUGUUCUUUUAACUGAUUAUGUAGCUGAACCUGCCAUUACCAGUGAUAUGUGCAUGGGAAACAGGGGUUCUAUUUGUGAGAAGAUGAGCUCUGAUGAGAAGAAUGAAGAGAAUAGUUGUUCAUCUUCUUAUUGUCAGUCCAUCAUAACUAAGUUGAUUCAAGGGGUGGAAGAGCUUAAAGAAAUUCAAACUGAACAAAAUCUAAAGAUGAGAUAUUUGGAGCAGAAGCUGGUUGAUGCAGAAGCUGAGAUCCAGCAGUUGAAAAAUCAUUGUAUAAUGGUGCAAUCUGUGUCUAAUCCUCCCAUCGAACUAAGUGAUGAAAAGGCCAUAGAGUCCUUAGACGAGCUGCAUGUUAAUCCUACAGAGUCAAUAUAUCUAUUGGGUGGAUAUGAUGGAGAAUCAUGGUUAUCAACAUUGGAUUUAUAUGUUCCCUCGCGAGGUGUGAUUAAAUCUUUUCAGCCAAUGAACUCUGUUCGUUCAUAUGCUUCAGUUGCAUUGUUGAAUGGUGAGGUUUAUGUCCUUGGUGGUGGGGAUGGACGCACGUGGUACAAUACAGUUGAAUCGUACAACCCAGCUAAUGAUGAAUGGACCCCGUGCCCUUCCUUGAAUAAGGCAAAGGGUGGCUUAGGUGGAGUUACUUUUGAUAACAAAAUAUAUGCAAUUGGUGGUGGGAAUAGUGUUGAUUGCUUUUCAGAUGUUGAAAUGUUUGAUUUGAAGCUUGAACGAUGGAUCGGUAUGCUGUCACUGCGACAAAAGCGAUUUUCUCUUGCUGCUGCAGAAAUUGAUGGUGUGCUUUAUGCUACUGGCGGAUUUGAUGGGAAGGAUUAUCUGAAUUCUGCAGAAAAAUUUGACUACAGAAUGCGUUAUUGGGAACAAAUUGCAAGCAUGAACUCAAAGAGAGCCUGCCACUCAGUGGCUGUUUUGAAUGGAAAAUUAUAUGCUCUGGGUGGUUAUGAUGGCAGUACAAUGGUUUCAAGUGUCGAAAUUUAUGAUUCGCGUAUGGAUUCAUGGAUUAAGGCGGAUCCAAUGAAGCAUGCAAGGGGAUAUUCUGCUGCUGCUGUUCUGAAAGAGUCUAUAUAUGUCAUUGCAGGAGUGGCAGCUGGUGACAGGGUCUUGGACACGGUUGAAUGUUUUAAAGAGGGACGGGGCUGGGAAGUAGUUGAUAUAAUUGGGAAAAGGAGUUUCAUGUCAGCUUUUACCGUGUAGUCACUAAGGAGAAUAAUGUCUUUUUCUCUCAUUACUCAUUUUGAAGCUGAUGGGUUAAGAGGCUUUUCUCAAUCACAUCUUUUUUGUUAUGAGAGCAACUUGAAGAUAGGAAUGUACAAAGUUGUAGAAACAGAUAAGUCUCUCGUUAAAUGAAAUAGAUAAUGUUUUGGUGUUA